GGCUCGAGGGAACAACUCGUUUCAUCAUUCUUUCGUAAAUAGAGAUACGAUUUUCCCUUUCAUCUUUGUUAGAAAUUUAUGAAUCAGUAUUCAGUAGUAGGAAGAAGUAGGACGCUCAGUUGAUGUUCUACUUCUAGCCGAGCAACAACGCGUCCAAGCUUUCGUUACGAGAGAAGUUUGUAUUUGAAAUUUAUGUGAAAAGGUGUGUCUAGAAUCUGGUAGAUAUUUAUUUUUGUGUGUCAAUACAGAGAAGUUUUAUUCCCUCGUAAGCCUUGAGUUGAUUUGUUUGAGCAGUUGUGAAUAUUUUCCAGAUGAGUGAAGUGGGGUUUGAAGCACGCGUAGCGCAGCUGCGCCAGUUCUACGAGAGCGGGACAACGCGGCCUCUCGGUUGGCGAACCGAGAGCUUGCUUGCGAUCAAGGCGAGAGUCGAGUCUUGCAAGAGAGAGAUUAUCGAGGGCUACAAAAAGGACCUCGGUCGCUGCGUCCGUCAAAGUAUCUACGACUAUGCCCCCAUGUGCAACCGGAUCGAUGUCCUCGUUCGCAACAUCGCAGCCUAUGCGGCAGUGCGAAAGUCUGGAACUUCGUACCAGGAGGUCCGGUACGAACCCAAGGGCGUGGUCCUGUGCGUCGGACCGUGGAACUACCCCUUAACAGAAUGCGUCAAGAUUUAUGAAUAUAUUUUUCUUGUACUAGAACAAAAUUGUCAUUUUGAAUUUCUAAGUUCAAACUCAUUUUUUCUUGUGCUGAGGCACUUCCUCUAGAAGAAUCAACUUUUUCUUUGGAUUUCUUUCGGUAAAACCGCAUCUGUAUGUUGUCCUUGUCAGUGACAAACGUAGUCUCAGAUUUUAAUUUUUUCUGUAUCAAUCUACUAGCCUCCACAAGCUUCGCCCGGCUUCAAGUUAGUUUAGCACUUUUCUGCGGCCUCCCACGGGCUACAGCCGCUAGAGUAGAGACAUCCCGCGGGUGAGCUGUUGCACCUUACGAAUUGACUACGACAAGAGCCGAGUGCCGGCGGUGGCCGACUCAGAUGCGUCGACUCAUGUGCAGGGCAUUGCGCUGCCUUCGGUUUUUUUUUGAGAUUGCCGGGCGGGUCAUGCAAAUUCUUAAGAAUUUGCAAGACCCCCACGGCAGUCCAACAAAAAAACCAGAAGAGAGCCACCAGACACGCACAAGAAUCCGCAAGCCCCAACGCACGCAAGCGCCCCGCGGUGGCGCCAGGCAAGAACGAGAGGCGACCUCGAUGGGCCAAACAAGACAAAGCAACGCAGGGCCGCGCUGCUUGGGUCUCUCUACGCGCUUACACCUGGCGGGGCUUCUUUGUUUCGUCAGAUGUCUCGCGUCAGAAACAGACGGGCGCACUUUGCGGGGCCGUGCGGCGUCGCGCUUCGGGCUGUGGCUGAAGCCUCUCGGCUGGCUGACGUCUUUCACCAAGCUGGAGGCCAAGGCCCUCCAUCAGGCUGAUGCCGUUCGUCAGAGCAACGCUCUGCUCCAGGCUGGCGGGUCGGGCAGGCCGGCGCCCCUCGGCAGGCGUCUUGGGUCAGGCUGAGGCUUUUCGUCAGGGUCGGGCGGCGUCUCUCGUCAGGCUGAAGCGCUUCGCCUGGCUGACAUUCCUCGCCGGGCCGAGACUCACGCCUUUGGUCAGGUUGAUGGCUUGCUUCAGGUCGGCGCCGUUCGUCAGGCUGAUGCACUCGCCAGCCAGGUGAGGCCUCUCGCCAGACCGGCGCAAUGCUUCGCCAGGCGUCUCCCUUGCGUCGGAACAGGCUGGGCGGGGCCUCUCUUCGGGCUGUGGAUGUCUCUCCUUCGUAAGAUUGAUUCCGUUCUUUCGUCGGACUGACGUGCUUCGCCAGAUUGACCGCGUUCGCCGGACUGACGUCCUUCGCGAAAGGUCUUCGUUAUCUUCAAGGGCCUCGCGCCACAGGGAGGCCCCGCGUCAGUUUUUCUGGCGGAGGUCGUUCGUCAGAUGUCUGCUGUCGUGGGUCUCACUCUUGUCUUGUCGGAGGUCUUGGGCCCAAAGGUCGUCUUUGGUCCACAGGUCGCCGGUGGUCCACAGGUCGCCUGUGGCCCAAGGGUCGUCUUCGGUCCAAAGGUCGGCUUUGGUCCAAAGGUCGUCUGUGGUCCAGAGGUCGUUUUUGGUCCAAAGGUCGCCUCCCUUACUUUGGUCCAAAGGUCGCCCUACUUUGGUCCAAAGGUCGCCCUACUUUGGUCCAGAGGCCGAAGGGUCGCCUUACUUUGGUCCAGAGGUCGUCCUACUUUGGUCCAGAGGUCGGCGCACUUUGGUCCAAAGGUCGCCUUACUUUGGUCCAAAGGUCGCCUUACUCUGGUCCAAAGGUCGCCCUACUGUGGUCCAGAGGUCGUCGCACUUUGGUCCAGAGGUCGCCUGUGGUCCCGCGGUCGUCUUCGGUCCCAAGAUCGUCUUUGGUUUCAAGGUCGUCUUUGGUCCCAGUGUCGUCUUAAGUCCCAAGGUCUCCUGUGGUCCAGAGGUCGCCUGUGGUCCAAAGGUCGCCCCUGGGUCAAAGAUCGCCUUUGGGCCAAAGAUCGUCUUUGGGUCAAAGAUCGCCUGUGCUCCAAAGGUCGUCUUUGGUCCAAAGGUCGCCUUUAGUCCGAAGAUCGCCCUUGGUCCAACGAUCGCCCUUGGUCGAAAGCUCGUCUUUGGCCCAAAGAUCGGCUUUGGUCCAUGUGUCUUUGGUCCAAGGUCUUUGCCCUUUCGGUGGGCGGUCUUUCGUUGGCUGUCUCUCUUUGGACUUUUCUCCCCAGCUUGCGCCCCCACCCCCGUCGGCCAUUUUUCUGCCUUCUUUUCUGGUGGUCUGCCACGGGGCCGCAACGUAAAUCCCAACAAGGAAACGGCCGGAGGCUAUCGGGCUUGAGAAUGAGGGGAAAGGGCAGGAGGCUAUGGGCAAUAGCUUCGCGAAAGAAGCUGACUAAUCUCCGGUGGGUUAGGCGGGGAGUUUUAUGGCGGCGAUCAUUAAUAAUAUAGAUUAAUAAUAUAGAUUAAUAAUAUAGAUUAAUAAUAUAGAUUUUUUUUUUGUUAUGUUUUUUAUCUAUCAACUUAUAAUAAUUGGUUCUAAGAUGUGGUAUGCGCAGCCAUUGUGGCCGGGAACUGCGCGGUGCUAAAGCCGUCUGAGAAAGCACCAGAGAUGGAGAAGGUCUGUGUCAAGCUUUUUGCAGGCUUGCCUGGUGUGGAAGUCUUUACUGGAGGAGUCCCACAAAUGCAGCGCAUCUUGAAUGACCUCCAAUUUGACCACAUUGUCUUCGUGGGCUCGCCGGCUGUAGGCAAAAUGGUGGCGAAAGCGGCAGCCGAACGAUUGACACCUGUGACGCUGGAGUUGGGCGGAAAAAAUCCGGCUAUAUUCGACUCGACGCUGUUGACGCCGGCUUCAGGAGGCACAUUGAGCAAGAAGAAGCGGAACUUGAUUCGUCGUCUGCUCUUCAUCAAGCACCUGAAUGCUGGCCAAGUAUGUACCGCAGUUGACUAUAUCUUAAGGCUCAUCCUCUUCUAGUUCUCGUUCUUCAACUGAGUACUUUUUAAGUGCAGUGAUUAUGUGUGAACUAUCUAUAGUGACUCGUUCAAAAUCACGGCUAAGAUGUUCAUUUAGUACAACAACAUUUAUAUAUAACCUCUCUAAAAAACUACUCGUACAACUCUCUCUAAUUCUCAUUUGCAAGGAGAAAGAUGCCGAUUUGCUCGCAACUACACUGGCCGAGGUGUGGGACGAAAUGUGUACUUCAGCGUCAGGUGGAGAAGCAGCUCUUUCCGCGACAGUGGUGAAGUCCGGCGCUGCGUAUGCCAAUAGUAAGGACUCUAUCGAGAAGGAAGCGGGGUCGCCAGAUUUGGCCCGACUGUUGGACAAAGCAAGCUUCGACCGGGUCUGCAGUCUUUUGCGAGAUACCCAUGGUGGGAAGGUGAUUCGAGGUGGCUUGCCCACUGAUUUUCCGGUUAACCAGAGUGGAGGUCGCAUUGACAACGAGCGCUUUGUGCCCUUGACGAUUGUGAAGAAUCCAGCGCUUACCUCAAAGCUAAUGCAAGAAGAGGUAUUUGGGCCGGUCGUUUCGGUCCUCACAGUAUCAGAGGAUAACGAUAAGGCUUUUCUACAGCGUGCUGCAGCCAUUGUGAAUGCUCCGGAGCGGCGGAAUCCGCUAGUUCUGCAUGUUUUUUCAAUUAUGAUUUUUGGUGAACCUUGAAAGGUUCCUCGUUUUCUCGUGGCUAGAAAAUGGGUUCGCUGGUAUGAUUGGUAAUGGCAUCAAUCAAGUACAAGUACAACUCUCUUAAUGUUUAUCAUCUUGUGCAGUAUGUAUUCCAACAUGAGUUUGCUACUUAUGCUCUCUAAAGUAAUGGACAGUAGUUUCUGUGAGUCGGCGCUUACACAGAUCCCGUCAGGUGACGCCACCUUCUGUGCGUCUGCUGUGUACGGACCUGAGUCGCCGCAGGGUGGUAUCGGACGCAGUGGACACGGUAACAUCAGUGGAGAAAGCGGUUUCAGGGAACUCUCGCACACACGAACGGUAAUCAACCACCUUUCGUGUACUGACCAGGACGAUCCGUUGAUUUAUGACCAAAAUUUAGAUUUCAUUGUUGUUCAACGAGGACUACUAUCAGAAUAAGCUCGCCACUUCCCUUUGCCUUUCCCGAGUGUGCCUUGACUUAGUUCUUGGCAUUCCACAACAUCGUGUGAUCAUCCCAUUCUAAUCGUAUUUCCCUCCGUACGAUACAUCCGUGGACGACGCACUGGAGAUAAUUGCAAAAGGGUACUUCCUCUCCGGCGUGUGGCGCAUUGUGCAGAUUAAAGUGCUGGGAUGGAAGUGAGGCUUAUGAAGAUUCGCGCACUUCUUCGGAUAGAUAUAUACAUAGAUAGUAUGUCUUUGUAAAAUAGAUAGACUUGAUAUGAGAUAAACCUGAAGAUGAAACAGAUGUGGUGACGAUACUUUUUGAGAAAUUCCUUCGUCUGAAAAUGUAAAUUCACUCACUGUGGAAAGGUUAAAUGAAAAUUUGAAUGAGUAUUUCGAGGUAAGAAAAGCUGGGAUUUGAUCAGGUUCACAGGAACAUACUAAAUUGUUGUUGUGCUCGCAAGACGCACAGAUAUACUGUCAACUAGAACGUUCCAGCACGUUACCGAGAAUAGUAGAAAAUACGCGAGUUGUGAUUGUUUGUUGAUUGCAAGAGUUUUUUAAGCGGAAGCUUUCGUGUAAAUAUACGAACUCAUCGUGGUCAGGUACAGUAAGACAAACAAAGAGAGUUCAAGACAAGAUAGAAAUCUGAUGAGAAAUGGCUUGAAGUUCUGAUGCACUUUUCCUGCGCGAUCAUGUGCCAGAGCAAUCCUCGCUGGGAUCUUCAUGAGACAAGCGCGGGCUUUGAUUUUGAACCGUUCUAACGGAUAGUCUCUCUUCGCGGAAGUUCUCAUGAGGAUCAUCAGCGUAUCGUGCCCCAUGUGGUGGCCAGAAACAUGGUUUGCGAACUGGAUAAAGCUGAGGCCGCUCUUUCAGUAGCUUCAGGAUAC